AUGGACUUGUCUCAAUCGCAGUCAAGCCUACCCCUCGCCACGGCCGCCCGCCCACCACCAAUCUCUAUACCUCCACUCGUCAACAACAUUUCCAGCAAAUUGCGCAACAGGCUCUCCUUCAAGAGUGCACGCGCCGCAUACGCAGAGCGAGAAAUCCUGAAACGAGAAAACCGGGCUGCGAGACCGUUGACGCAGCGUAACAUGGACACUUUUCUGAUUGAGCAAGAUCUUCAUGAUGCGCGUGUCCGCCGUGCCGAAAAUCUGCACGUGUCGCAGUGGCUGCAGCAAUUGCCAUGA